CACCUCUGGUGUUUGUGGUAUAUGGCCAAUAUACCACGGCUAAGGGCUGUAUCCAGGCACUCCGCUUUGCUUAAAUAUAUAGCAGACAAUAUUAUUGUCUGUUGACAGACACAUUUGAUUGGUCUCGCGUAUCUCUUUGAGAUGAACUGAGUCUGCAAUAAAUUGGGAUAGAGGUUGAAUCCCAAAUAUAACCCUAUUCCCUACAUAGUGCACUACUUUUGACUAGAGCUCUAUGACACUAUAUAGGGAAUAGGGUGCCAUUUGAGGCCCAGACAGAAACUCAACAGAAACUCGGACGGUCAGGGACAUUUGUUUUUCUUUCCUCGUUCUCCUUUUUUUGCCAUCCAUUUUGAUGAGACUGAUCUCAGUGUAAAUCGACCCUGACACCAGUCUAAUGCCAGUCUAAUGCCAUCCUAUCCAUGCCCCUUUCCACCGCCUGGCAUUGUGCAGUUAAUCCAGACCAAGGCCCCCGGUGUUUGCAUUGGCCAUUUGUCUCUCAUUGGAAUGACUGCCUUGUAGACAGGCUGCAAAAGGUUUACAAUGUAUUUCAAUGGAGACAUUUACACUUCAGCUGUAUGGAGACGUGCUGUGGGGUUGAGGUAGAUUUUAUAAAGCAGAGGGCAUUGAAAAUAACAUUGAUCACCUUUUAUGGAAUAUGCUUUUCUUUCAGGUGGUUGGCCCAUCUAUGAUUGAGUGUGGAGUAACCAUGUUUGAGAGUAUCCUUGUUUGAGGAAUAACCCGUCUGAGACUUGAAGACAAGUUUCUGCUGGGUGUGUUGACAGCAUGCGCCCAGACGGAGAUGAAGAGGGUUGUCGGUGACAAUGCGACACUGCCCUGUCACCAUCAGUUCUGGGCAGGUGACGCCCCCACACUGGACAUCGAGUGGCUCCUACUCAAGCCCAGCUCCAAGCAGAGAGUGGUGAUCACCUACUUCGCGGGCCGGGUGUACGACCCCAACGAGGCAGAGGCGGGCCGGCUGUCCUUAACCGGGGACUACCUCAAGGGGGACGCCUCCCUGCUGAUCAGUGACCUUAGCCUGGGUGACUCGGGCGAGUACACCUGCAAGGUGAAGAAUGGGGGGAAGUACCAAUGGAGCACGAUCAACCUCAUAGUACAGGUGAAGCCGUCUAAGCCGCGGUGUUGGAUGGAGGGCCGGCUGUUGGAGGGUAGUGAUGUUAAGAUGAGCUGUAAGUCUACAGAUGGCUCUGACCCCAUAAACUACAAAUGGGAGAGGCUGCUGGACAAGGGCAAGUACGUGGGAAAGCUGCCCCCACUGGCCCUCAUAGAUUUGAAAAACUCAGAGAUAGUGACACUGAGGAACCUGACCAAGGAGAGUGCUGGGGUGUAUAAAUGUACCGCCAGCAAUGAUGUGGGAGAGGAGAGCUGCACAGUAGAGGUCAAGAUGCACUAUGUGCGGGGCAUGGGUGUGGUGGCGGGCGCCGUGGUGGGCGUGUCCUUCGGUGUCCUCCUCAUCAUUCUCAUUAUUUGGCUGGUGUUCCGCAAGAAGGAGAAGAAGAAAUACGAGGAGGAGGAGACCCCUAACGAGAUCAGGGAGGAUGCGGAGGCUCCCAAAGCCAAACUGGUGAAGCCCAACUCUCUCUCCUCGUCCCGUUCUGGAAGCUCCCGCUCGGGCACCUCCUCCACCCAGUCCAUGGUCCACACCACUGCCCCCCGGGGGCCCCGCGCCCGGCUUCCUGACGUCGCUGCCCUCAAGGAGAACGGCCAGCCCCCCAGCUUCCCCCAACAGCCCCCUGCCUACACACAGGUGGUCCCCAAGACCCCUGAGCCCCGCACAGCCCCGGCCAAGCUUAGCCCUCCCCCAAAGCUAAGCCCCGGGAACCUGGCCCGCAUGGGAGCAACGCCGGUCAUGAUCCCUGCCCAGACCCAGGCCUUUCAGACUGUGUAGGAGGGAGGGAGGGAGAAGUGGAGGGAGUAGACACAGACAGACACAAGAAGCCCCAGUACACAGCUGAUAGCAACACCCAGCCUGCCCCCAGAAACCCUGUGAAAACCAGCCAUAUCAUCAACUAAAAGUAUAAUUGAGUGCAUUCUACGAAGGGAAGACUUUCGUAAGAGGUUUUGUCUCCUGUACAAACAAUACAGAGCGAAAUCUUUUGUUCGCAUGAUAUCCCAUGACAACAGAACAUUCAUUGUGUUUUUGCCUGAUUUUGCUGACGAGGUCAGUGAUGUGUAUCAUACUCUGACGAGGUCAGUGAUGUGUAUCAUACUCUGACGAGGUCAGUGAUGUGUAUCAUACUCUGACGAGGUCAGUGAUGUGUAUCAUACUCUGACGAGGUCAGUGAUGUGUAUCAUACUCUGACGAGGUCAGUGAUGUGUAUCAUACUCUGACGAGGUCAGUGAUGUGUGUCAUACUCUGAGGUGGAAGAAGAGGAGCAAAGGGAGGACCCUGUGUAGAGUUGAGGUAUUUUUAAACCAAACCGACAGAGCCAUGAAAGCGGAAUGGGCUAUGGACAAAGGGAGGGAGGGAGUGAGAGUAAACAGGACUGUAAAAGAGCAAACAAAGGAGAUACACAGGCUGCAUAGCGCAGCAGAGAUCAGGCGAGGGUGUCUGGCUGUCUUACGACACCUGAUACCUGCUACCAACCAGGACAAACCAGAUGGCAGACAAGACAAAGAGAGAAAAAAACCAAAAAGACAGGAAAAGUAAACCUCUCUCUGGACUUGCCUGAGCACCACACCUACCACACUCACACACUCUGCCACACCGAGCCAAUCAAUAUCUCCCAGGCUUCUUUGUUGGCAUCACAGACCUCCAUGUAAUCUCCUCCGGGAUACCCGCCAAGGCCAGCAGGCAUGGUGAUUGGUUUAGUAAGGAAUGGGGUGCUGGGGUGCACCGAUCGAUUGACACACCAAUGAGAGUGGAGGAAAGUUUGAUGCUGAUACAAGAGGGAUGUUUGCCUGUGAUUAUACAAAGAUGAUAUAGCUUAAGUAAGAGACUCCACCUAGACACGUCACCUGUCAUCCUAUACACCUGCACAUGGGUCACUCGCAGCAACACGAAAGAUAUCAAUAUUGAUUUCCCAUCUUUCCUGUGCGUCCAGCACUAUACACUCAACAAGUCUGGACUUAUGUAACGUUAUCUUCCCAUGUUCAUGGACAGCGUCAAUUAAGGCCAUAGGAAUAUGUGACUGUGGUCAUCAUGGGGGAUUAUUAAUGGCUGAAAUAUGUAUUGCUUAAUGUGUAUUGUCUAAUAUUCUACGUUUCCUUUUUUCUAUUUCAUUUAUUUCAGAUUCCUUCAGAAUGUUUAAAGAUUGUUAUUAAAGGGGUGAACUUAAGCCCUAUCGAUAAAGUGCCACAGUUGAUGUUUGUUGAAGAUGGUUAAUGGCAUUUCUGUUUUAAUUUGUGUUGUGUUAAUGACAUUUCCAUUAAUCCAAAAUGAAUGAACUAACAUAUGAAUGUGUUCUAUGCCGUGCAGUAUAUAAAGGGCUGGAUUCAAUUUGUAUCGCCAACUAACGUGCAAGAUCCGCGUUACAGCUCCAUUUAAAUUUAAAGGCAAUGUUCCCGCGUUCGCGGAGACCGCAUUCACAGUCGGCUGAAUAGAAAAUUACCUUUACAUUUGAAAUACUUCCGCGAUAUAUAGAUUGAUUCCAGCCCAAAAUCAUUGGAUGCGAGGGCAUCCAUGUUUUUUAAUGAGCAGAGAUUUGCAGCAAUACAUUUAAUCCCCUGCAGUUGAACUGUGUCUGAAAAAAUACAAAAUAUAUUCUGUAUAAUGAGCAAAGGGCCAUACACAUCAUAAUAUGAUAUCACAUGCGUUGGCUCAGCACCAUCUUGUGAUUAUAGAAGAACAGUAAUGAUAAUCCUAAAGAGGGCCUUGGGUUAACAUACACAUUUUAAUUGAAUACACCACAAAAAAGUAUUAUUCACAAAACAUUAAACACGGCUUUACAGUGUAAAAUGGUUAACUCUACGGUACACCUGAGAUUGAUUCCAUUUCAAGCAGAAUGAAAAGGACAAUAGCUUUGAGUGAAGUCUCUUCAUGGUGGCCAAACAGAAUUUAAACAACACUCAACCUCAGUAAAAUAUCCUGGCUGAAAGUGUUGAAUUAUGCCCUACGAUUCUCUGAUUUAAAUGUCAACUUUUGCCUGAGCUUUCAUCUGAUCUAAAUGCGUGACUUCUGCCUAGCGAUAGUCUUCUCUGCCUCUACGCAGCAGCACAUUGGUCCUUCAGUGUUAUGACUGCUUCCUCCAAAGAGACACCCCUGUUAUUCUGGCUCAAUCGCAAUGCAAUGGAUGAGAUGUCAGGAGCUAUUUGGAGUGACUGAUGCUGUGGCGCCCUCCAGGAGAACCCAGCAAACUCAUCUUAGAUCACCCAGGAGGGAGGGCUCUUCUCGUCCAGCGGUGCAGAGCAUAAGAGCACACUCGUACUCUGGCCUCCGAAAUGGUUCAAACCAGGACGGGUGACUCGAGAGUCUAUACUUCUUGGUUGAAAUCACCCAGAUUAGUUUGUAUCAAUAAUUGUAUUUUGUAAAGUCGGCCUAUUUUUGAUGAGAUUAUUUCAUGAUCGUGGGCAGUUCAAAGAGUGAAAAGAAAAUAGCAAUUUUGUCUCUGUGACUCGAGUACUUCCAGCUUGCCCACUGUUGGUUGAAAAGCACCUUUAAACCAGGAGACGGAUGAGUGGCGAGAUGAGAGGACGACACCUGAGGGAGAGCUCCUGAUUACCCACCACAACCCCCUUUGAAUUUCCCAUUAUACCUUUAAAAGCCAAUACAGGGAGGCCGAUGAUUGAAUGUGGCUCUUACGGCCGUUUGAUGGGGUAGGAUACGCACCGGUAUUGAUUUUUCUGUUAUCUGAGUGGCUCUGUGAAUUCCCCUGGCAGAGGGCUCUGUGUCCUGAAUCAUUAGGGUUUCCACUCUUUUUCGUUUUAAUGUCUUGCUUGGCAGACAGGAGGAAUGGGAAUGCUCCAAACCAUGCUGCGGAUAGGAACAACGUGAACCAUGUAUCGACUCCAAAAGGCCAUUACCAUAGGUUAACUAGUACAAAACUUGCAUCUUGAUGUCAUUUAUUAGUCUGUCUACUAAAUACCUCCACUAUGGUUUAAGUGAUGGGACCUUUGAUAUCAUGCAUACAGUGUAAUGUUCAAGAGCGAAAGAAUCCACCCAAAGCUGAAAAAUGAUGGAUAUGCAUGUCACAGAUACUUAACUAGAGAAAGAACAAAACUGUAUUUUUGCCUCAAUGCUUAUAUAAAUAUAUAAAUUAUCAUCUUGUACAAAAAAAUAUUACAGUUAAAACAAAUGCUAUGACUGUAAAAAAGGAAAGUUAUGUUCAUUUUGAGUUUACUCCUUUGGGUUAAGAAUUCAAUCAUAAGUACUUUGCACUUUCUUAAACUGUGCUCUCUGUGUCCCGCUUGCGUUAAGCCCUUUUCACCAACAGCGUUAGGGGGGAAAUGUUCUCUCACUCUAUUUUCUUUGAUUGACAAUGUCAUGCAGUUACUUUGAGUUGUUGUAAACCAAAAAGGAAAUGUACAUACCUCCUUCUCGAGUGAAAAAUGUAUAUUUGUACAAUAUCUGAAUAAUUCCUGUUUUGGUUUGUAAUAAAGCAUUUGAUGAAUAGCCA